UCUACAGACUUCUCGGCUGGUGGCCGUGACGGAGUUUGGCCUGCAUGACGCAGGGUCUUCUGUCCUGGCGGCUUAGACAUGCAGGGGAUGGUGGCGACACCAAUGGAAUGCGGAUACAGAGUAAGAUAUGGCGAGUCUGUCCUUCACAGGUGAGACCCUGGUGGGGACGUGCUGGAUACCUAACUAUCCCUGCCGACUGCGGGAUUACACAGUAGUAAGGAAGACAUCCGGUGAGUGUGAGACACCCAGCAGCCGUCCCCGUGUGUCAGGAGGACUGAGCAGGACCCAGAGCCCCAUCACGUUGCCACCACCUCACUGACUGAUACAUGAGAGGCACAGUGACCAGAAGAUCCUGGAAUUCAUCAACAAGAUCAUUCAGCUGCUGACUGGAGAGGAGGGGGAGUAUAUAGAGGAACACAGGGGUCUGUACAAGGACGUGAUGAUGGAGAAUCACCGGCCCCUCACAUCACUGGAUGGGCUCAGUAACAGAGAUACCCCAGAGAGAUGUCCCCGUGCUCUGUAUUCCCAGGAUUGUACAGAGGAGAAUCACAGGACCCCACAGGAGGAUCGGGUAGAACGUCUGUCUAAUAUUAAAACAGAAGAUAUAGAGGAAGAAGAAGACACGUAUGUGACUGCUAUAAAGGCAGAAGAUAUAGAGGGAGAACAAGACACGUAUGUGACUGAUAUAAAGGCAGAAGAUGUAGAGGGAGAAGAAGAGACGUAUGUGACUGAUAUAAAGGCAGAAGAUAUAGAAGGAGAAGAGAUGUAUGUGACUGAUAUAACGGCAGAAGAUAUAGAGGGAGAAGAUGGGACGUAUUUGACUGAUAUAAAGGCAGAAGAUACAGAGGGAGAAGAAGAGACGUAUGUGAGGGGUGAUCAGCAGUGUAAGGAGGAGGAGAUCCCUACAGAUAUCGGCACAGCAGACGGACACACAAGCAGGAAUAUCUCAGAAGGACAUCUAAUGUUAUCCCCGGAUUGUGACAUAAAAGAUAAUGACAGUAGACAGGAUUCUUCAGGAGAUAAUCCCAUUACACCAGUUAUACAUCCAGCUUUAUCAGCUGAUCCCUCUGAUCCUGGGAAAUGUUCUCCUGAUCACUCUGAUAUUGGUGCAUCUGUUACAGCUCUGAGAGUAGAUACAGUGUUUCCCUGUUCUAUAGAUGCCAAAUGUUUUACACAGAACACAAAGCCUAUUAACCAACACACAGGUAAGGCAGGUGAGAGGCCACUGAUAUGUUCUGAGUGUGGGAAAUGUUUUACAUACAAAGCAGCUUUUGUUACACAUCAGAAAACUCACACAGGUGAGAAACCAUUUCCAUGCUCUGAGUGUGGGAAAUGUUUUACAUACAAAUCAGCUUUUGUUACACAUCAGAGAUAUCACACAGGUGAUAGGCCAUUUCCGUGUUCUGAGUGUGGAAAAUGUUUUAUACAAAAAUCACGUCUUGUUAUACACGAGAGAAGUCACACUGGUGAAAAACCAUUUACAUGUUCUGAGUGUGGAAAAUGUUUUAUUCGAAAAUCAACUCUUGUUAUACAUGAGAGAAGUCACAAUGGUGAGAAACCAUUUCCAUGUUCUGAGUGUGAGAAAUGUUUUAUAUAUAAGUCACAACUUGUUAGACAUGAGAGAUAUCACACAGGUGAGAAACCAUUUCCAUGUUCUGAGUGUGGAAAAUGUUUUAUUCAAAGCUCAGCUCUUUUUAUACAUAAGAAAAGUCACACAGGUGAGAAACCAUUUCCAUGUUCUGAGUGUGGGAAAUGUUUUAUACAUAAGUCACAACUUGUUACACAUCAGAGGAGAAGUCACAUAGGUGAAAAACCAUUUCCAUGUUCUGAGUGUGGAAAACGUUUUAUACAUAAGUCACAUCUUAUUACACAUCAGAGAAGUCACACAGGUGAAAAACCAUUUCCAUGUUCUGAGUAUGCCAAAUGUUUUACACAGAACACAAAGCUUAUUACCCAUCAGCCAGCUAAGGCAGGGGAGAGGCCAUUUCCAUGUUCUGAGUGUGGGAAAUGUUUUACAUACAAAUCAGCUCUUGUUACACAUCAGAGAAGACACACAGGUGAGAAGCCAUUUCCAUGUUCUGACUGUGGAAAAUAUUUUACAUGGAAAUCACAACUUGUUACACAUCAGCAAAGUCACACAGGUGAGAAGCCAUUUUCAUGUCCUGAGUGUGGGAAAUGUUUUGCACAGAAAUCAGAUCUUGUUACACAUCAGCAAAGUCACACAGGUGAGAAUCCAUUUCCAUGCUCUGAGUGUGGGAAAGGUUUUGCACGGAAAUCACAACUUGUUACACAUCAGCGAAGUCACACAGGUGAGAAUCCAUUUCCAUGCUCUGAGUGUGGGAAAGGUUUUGCACACACAUCAGCUCUUCUUAUACAUCACAGAAGUCACACUGGUGAGAAGCCAUUUCCAUGUUCUGAGUGUGGGAAAUUCUUUGCACAAAAAUCAGAUCUUGUUAAACAUCAGAGAAGUCACACAGGUGAGAAGCCUUUUUCUUGCUCUGAGUGUGGGAAAUGUUUUACAUGGAAAUCACAACUUGUUAUACAUCAGAGAAGUCACACAGGUGAGACUCCAUUUACAUGCCCUGAAUGUGGGAAAUGUUUAUUACACAAAUCAGAUCUUAUUAGUCAUAAUAGAAGUCACACAGGUGAGAAUCCAAUUACUUGCUCUGAGUGUGGGAAAUGUUUUACAUGGAAAUCACAACUUGUUAUACAUCAGAGAAGUCACACAGGUGAGAAGCCAUUUCCAUGUUCUGAGUGUGGGAAAUGUUUUGCAUACAAAUCAGAUCUUGUUAAACAUCAGAGAAGUCACACAGGUGCAAAGCCAUUUUCUUGCUCUGAGUGUGGGAAAUGUUUUACACAGAAAUCACAUCUUGUUAGACAUCAGCAAAGUCACACAGGUGAGAAUCCAUUUCCAUGCUCUGAGUGUGGGAAAUGUUUUUCACACAAAUCAGCUCUUGUUAUACAUCACAGAAGUCACACAGGUGAGAAGCCUUUUUCUUGCUCUGAGUGUGGGAAAUGUUUUACACGGAAAUCACAACUUGUUAUACAUCACAGAAGUCACACAGGUGAGAACCCAUUUCCAUGUUCUGAGUGUGGGAAAUGUUUUGCACAAAAAUCAGAUCUUGUUAAACAUCAGAGAAGUCACACAGGUGAGAAGCCUUUUUCUUGCUCUGAGUGUGGGAAAUGUUUUACACGGAAAUCACAACUUGUUACACAUCAGAGAAGUCACACAGGUGAGAAGCCAUUUUAAUCUUCUGGAGUAUACUUAUCAUUGCCAUGCGUUGUUCUUCAAGGUUCUUAUCCUAUCUCCUAUGCUUUUUGCAAUAAUACAUGCUACCGCAGGGUGAAAUAAUCAGAUGUCAUGCCCUCAUCUACCACUGCU